CUUGCAUUCACUUUCUGUGUAUUUAGCAAUGCUGAAUGAAUCCACUUUCUAUUCUUCUUUUGAAAAGUACCACUUUUUCUUUCACUAAGGCUUUAGCAAUACUCUUCAACAAUGUCUCAUGCUUCUUCUUCCAAAGUUUGCAAGUACGAUAUCUUUUUGAGUUUUAGAGGUGAAGAUACGCGUAGAACCUUUGUGAGUCAUCUCUAUAAUGCUUUGGAACAGAGAGGAAUCCACGCUUUCAAAGACGAUGAACGGUUGGAAGCAGGAAAAUCAAUUUCUGCUGAACUUUUAAAAGCCAUAGAAGAGGCCAGAUUCGCUGUCGUAAUAUUUUCAAAAAGCUAUGCAUCCUCAAGAUGGUGCUUAGAGGAGCUUGCACACAUCAUAAAGUGUAAAAAGGAAUUGGAGCAGAUUGUGAUUCCAGUCUUCUAUGAUGUGAGUCCAUCAGAUGUACGCCAUCAAAAUCCCCCUUUUGCUGAUUCAUUUUCCCAACACGAGGUAAACUACAAAGAUGAUAUGGAGAAGGUUCAAAGAUGGAGGGAUGCAUUUGUGGAGGCAGGGAAAAUAUCAGGCUAUCAUUUACUAAAUUUCAAGGAUGAGGCUGAGUGCGUCAAGAAACUAGUUGAUGACAUAUUUCCUAAGUCACUUCAAAUUAUUUCACCUUUCCCGGAAAACUUAGUGGGUAUGAAAUCUCAGGUUGAGAAAGUAACCUCAUUAUUAGAUAUGGAAUCAAAUGAUGUUCGCUCUAUUGGUAUUUGGGGUAUGGGCGGCAUCGGCAAAACAGAAAUUGCAAAUAUUCUACAUCAAAGAUACCGCCAUCUAUUUGAAGCUGAUUGUUUUCUUGAGGAUGUUGGAACAUUUUGUCAGAAUAAUGGACUAACACGCCUACAACAAAACGUCAUUUUCAAGCUCUUGGGAAAAGAAAUGCCUCUAACUAGUAAACAUGAAGGGAUGAAUAUUUUAAAGAAGAUGCUUUGCCAGAAGAAAGUGCUGUUCAUCCUCGAUGAUGUAAACCACCGAGAACAGUUGGAAUUUUUAUUUGGAGGGACAAGGUGGUUUGGAAUGGGUAGCAGAAUUAUUUUAACAGCAAGAGACAAGCACCUGUUAAUCAGUCACGUCGGGGAUAACGUGUAUGAAGUCCAACUAUUAUCUGAGGAUGAAGCACUUGAAUUGUUCAGUAGACAUGCUUUUAGAGAAAAAUCACCAAAAGAAGAUUUUAUGGAACUUUCAAGACAAGUGGUGAAGCAUGCUGGUGGACUCCCUUUAGCUCUUAAAGUUUUGGGUUCUUCAUUUUACAGACGAGACAAAAAGCACUGGAGACACAUAAUUGAUCGGCUGAAGAGAAUCCCUCUCAAGGAUAUUCUAGGAAAGCUUAGGCUUAGUUUUGAUGGUCUGGACAAAGAUGAGAAGGAAUUAUUUCUAGAUAUUGCAUUUCUAGAUAUUGCAUGUUUGAAUAGAUAUUAUUUUGAUAUUUGUGUGGAACAAGAACGGAGAGAUGUGAGUCGUGGUUUUCUAAUAGAUUACCUUAUCGAAAAAUCUCUGUUAUCAAUCGACCUGAAUAAUAGUAUUGUGAUGCAUAAUAUGAUAAGAGAAAUGGGAGAAAAUGUCAUACGGGAAGAGUAUUCUAACAGCAGAAUAUGGCUUCCCGAGGAAGUUUGUGACCUUUUUACUGGAAAGUUGAUAACAGAAAAGGUGGAAAGCCUAUGUAUCCCAGAAGAUUACUAUUUUGAAGAUGAUCUUGUCAAUUAUAGCAAUAUUUUCAAGAAGAUGCAAAGCUUAAAAAUACUCAUAGUUGGUGAUGGAGCUUUUAGCACAAACUGCACUAUCACUUAUCUUCCUUCCAGCCUGCGGUUCAUUGAUUGGACAGGGUAUCCUUCAAUUUCAUUGCCAGAGAGUUUUGAACCAUCACAGCUCGCUAUGCUUUGUUUAUGUAAAAGUAGGCUUGUUGAACUUUGGCCAAUAUCAAAGGUAACACUCUCUUACAAAUAUUAG